CUCAUUCCAUCGUCCUCCACCUCGUACUCACCCGUCAUCGCCCGCCGCACGACGCAGGAGCAAUACAAGUACUCUCAGCGACAAUGCCACCAAAAAUGACCAAGCGAUCCAAGAACUCGCGCUUCCCUGUGGCGCGCAUCAAGAAGAUCAUGCAGAUGGAUGAGGAAGUCGGCAAGCUGGCGUCCGCGACGCCCGUCAUGAUCUCUAAAUCCCUCGAGUGCUUUCUGCAGCUCUUGAUAGACGAGACGGCCAAGGAGACGCGCGAGCGCGGCUCGCGCAAAAUGGUCCCCUACCAUCUCAAAGCCAUGAUCGACAAGUCGGACCAGUUCGACUUUUUGCGCGAGCUCGUCGAGAGCAUCCCCGAUCCGCAGGAGCCCAAGACGCCGCGCCGCAAGUCGGGCGCCGAGGGCUCGGCAUCGGCGUCCGGGCCCGCGUCGGCGCGGAAACCGCGCGGCGCGCGCGCAAAGAAGGAAGAGGUGCCGCCGCCGGGCACGCUGCCCGCCAUCGGGACGUGGAAGCGCGAGGCCGAGGGCGGCGGCGGGUCGGGCGAGGGCGGCCGCGGCAUCUUUGAUGACUACGAAGACGAUAACUAUGACGAUUAUUAGCUUGCUCUUGUCGUCCUGGACAGCGUUGCGUGGGAGACCCCUGUAACAUUAUCCACCAUGUACCAUGUAUCAUGACACCGCACAGAGCAGGGCCGGGGCGGGCCACUUCGGCUGAUAUCCAUCGUUGCCAACUCUCUGUCUCUAGCAACGUGCUCGCC